AUCUUCGUCCCACUUGAGGUGUUUGAAGGGGCCUCAACUGUGAGCCCCGUCACCUACUCACACCAAUACCAGGUUUCUCCUCAGAGACUGCACACGAGCCAAGAAUCCACCUCCCUGAAGAAUGUUGGGGCGGAGACAUCACCUGACCUGCAGGGUAACAACAGAAACUCAAGUCGAUAGAAGGUCAGAGAGAAUUGAUCAGUGUGGUCUUUGAACAACCAAGCUGCAACAUGGACCCCAGACUGGAGAGAGGAGACUCGCUCACAGGUGCAGACUCUGCUGAGGAUGAGGGCCGAGAGGAGGGAGACCCCCUCUCUAAACAACAUCAGUGUGAGGAUCAUGAUGGUCACCCCAGACCGGGAACUGGACCUGGACCUGGACCUGGACCCAGCUGCGUGUCGCUGAAGAGUGAUCACUCUGUGUUUAGAAUAAUUAACUUCAGUGGAAGAGCGGAGUCUGCAGGUCCAAGGAUCUAUCAGGAGUCUGGAGUCGACUGUGAGUCUCUGAAGAAUGACCCCUCCAUGGGGCGUGGCAUUGACUACAAAGCUGGAGUGGAGUCUCCAGAGGAGAGAGUGGAUCAGAAUACCACAGAGCUUCUCAGUGGUCAACAACAUCUCUCACAUGAGGACUCCACACGGCAGCGGUUGAAGGAGAAGUUCCUCAGCUAUGUGGACAGAGUCUGGUGGCUUCUGAGUCCCGAUGAUCCAGAACCUCCAGAGUCUGAGGAAGAGGAGCAGUGGAGGAGCAUCAGAGAAGAAUUCGUGAAGAUCACAGUUCACCUGCUGAGGAACAUGGAGGAGGAGGAUCUGGCCGAACGUCUGUGGAGCAGAAGUGGUGCUCCGGAGUCUGGUCAUCUACUGAAGAGGAGGCUGCAGAAGCAGUUCUACAGUGUGUGUGAGGGGGUCACUCGAGCAGGAAGCUCUGUCCCUCUGAAUCAGAUCUACACAGAGCUCUACAUCACUGAGGGCGGCACAGACCUGGUCAACCAGGAGCAUGAGGUCCGACAGAUGGAAGCAGCAACCAGGAAGCAGAGCAGACCAGAAACCACCAUCAGACAAGAAGACCUCUUUAAAGCCUCACCUGACACAGACCUACCAAUUAGAAGCCUGCUGACGAAGGGUGUGGCUGGCAUUGGGAAGACGCUCCUGACACAGAAGCUGACUCUGGACUGGGCUGAAGGCAAAGCCCACCAGAACUUCCAGCUCAUAUUUCCUUUCACCUUCAGAGAGCUGAACCUGCUGAAAGAGAAGAAGCUGAGUUUGGUGGAACUUGUUCAUCUCUUCUUCCCUGAAGCCAAAGAAUCAGGGCUCAGCAGCUUUGAAGGAGUCCAGGUUCUGUUCAUCUUGGAUGGUUUGGAUGAGAGUCGACUCCCUCUGGACUUCAACAGUCGAGUCCUGACAGAAGCUACAGAGUCCACCUCAGUAGACAUCCUGCUGACCAACCUCAUCAGGGGGAAGCUGCUUCCCUCAGCUCAGCUCUGGAUCACCACACGACCUGCAGCAGCCAAUCAGAUCCCUCCUGAGUGUGUGGACAUGGUGACAGAGGUCAGAGGGUUCACUGACCUCCAGAAGGAGGAGUACUUCAGGAAGAGGUUCAGAAGACAGAAGCAGACCACCAUCAUCUCUCACAUCAGGAGCUCACGAAGCCUCUAUAUCAUGUGUCACAUCCCCAUCUUCUGCUGGAUCACUGCCACAGUUCUGGAGGACAUGUUGAAGAGCAGAGAGACCGGAGAGCUGCCCAAGACCCUGACUGAGAUGUACAUCCACUUUCUGGUGGUUCAGGCCAAAGUCAAGAAGCUCAAGUACCAUGGAGGCGCUGGGACAGACACAGUUUGGGAUCCUGAGAGCAGAAAGAUGAUGGAGUCUCUGGGAAAACUGGCUUUUGAGCAGCUGCAGAGAGGAAACUUGAUCUUCUAUGAAUCAGACCUAACAGAAUGUGGUAUGGACAUCACAGCUGCUGCACUUUACUCAGGAGUCUUCACACAGAUCUUCAGAGAGGAGAGAGGACUGUACCAGGACAAGGUCUUCUGCUUUGUCCACCUGAGUCUUCAGGAGUUUCUGGCUGCUUUUCACAUUCACCUGACCUUCACCCACUCUGGAGUCAUCCUGCUGGGCCCUCAAGACCCCUCACAGUCUGAGGUCCGACCUGGGCUGGAACAGUUCUACCAGACAGCUGUGGUCCAGACCCUGGGGAGUCCAAAUGGACACCUGGACUUGUUCCUGCGCUUCCUCCUGGGUCUUUCACUGCAGACCAACCAGACUCUACUGAGAGGUUUGUUGCCACAGAUAGGAAGUAGCUCCUGGACCAAUGAGGACACAUCUGCGAUCAUCAAGAAGAAGUUAGAUGAGGGCGUGUCUCCAGAGAGAACGAUGAACCUGUUCCACUGUCUGAAUGAGCUGAAGGACACUUCUCUGGUGGAGAUGGUUCAACACCAGCUCAGAUCAGGACGUCUCUCCAGAGAUACAUCUCCUGCUGAUUGGUCUGCUGUGGCCUUCAUCCUACUGUCCUCUGAAGAACCUCUGGACGUGUUUGACCUGAACAAAUACUCAGCAUCAGAGGAGGUUUUUCUAAGACUGAUGCCUGUGGUCAGAGCCUCAAAUGAAGUUCUGCUGAGAAGCUGUGGACUGUCAGAGGGAUGUUGUUCACCUCUGUCCUCAGUCCUCAGCUCUCCGUCCUCUCGGCUGACACAACUGGACUUGAGCCUCAACGACCUGCAGGAUUCAGGCGUGGAGCUUCUGUGUGCUGGACUGGAGAGUCCAGACUGUCACCUGGAGACUCUCAGGCUGAGAAGCUGUGGACUGUCAGACAGAAGUUGCGCACCUCUAUCCUCAGUCCUCAGCUCUCCAUCCUCUCGUCUGACACAACUGGACCUGAGUCUCAAUGACCUGCAGGAUCCAGGAGUGAAGCUUCUGUGUGCUGGACUGGAGGGUCCACACUGUCACCUGGAGACUCUCCGUCUGUCAGGGUGUCUGGUCUCAGAGGAAGGCUGUGCUUCUCUGGCCUCAGCUCUGAGCUCCAACCCCUCCCAUCUGAGAGAGCUGGACCUGAGCUACAACCAUCCAGGAGGACCAGGACUGGAGCUGCUGUCAGCUGGACUGGAGAAUCCUGACUGGAGGCUGGAGACUCUCAGGGUGGACCAUGGUGGAGAGCAGAGGUUAAGACGUGGUCUGCUCAAGUAUAUCUGUCCUCUAACACUGGACCCAGACACAACACACCAGCGCCUCCUGCUGUCCAACAGCAACAGGACGGUGAGAGAUGUGACAGAAGAUCAGAAGUAUCCACAGCAUCCAGACAGGUUUAACAGGUGCCCUCAGGUGCUGGGUAGAGAAGCUCUGACAGGUCGAUGUUACUGGGAGGUGGCGAGGAGAGGAGAAGCUCUUGUCUCAGUGACUUACAGAAGAAACAGAGGAGAAGAGGAGUGUUGGUUUGGAGGAAACGAUCAGUCCUGGAGUCUGCACUGCUCUGGUAGAGAUUAUUCUGUGUAUCACAAUGGAACACGAACAUGGAUCCGGUUCAGCUCCGACUCUCAGAGAGUGGGAGUGUUUGUGGACUGUCCAGCUGGAUCUGUGUCCUUCUACAGUGUCUCCUCUGAUGCUCGGAUCCACCUCCACACCAUCUUCACCUCCUUCACUCGACCUCUGUACCCAGGGUUAGGACUCUGGACCUCGGAUUCUUCCUUGACUCUGUGUGACCCCACCGAGUUUGUUGCUGGGUAGAAUGUGUCGUAUGUUUGUGAGAACCAGUAUGAGUUUAGUUUAUGAGUAGUCUGAUCUUAUGUCUCUGAAGUUUUAAAUAGCCACAUUACAAGACAAGACGCGGCUUUUAUUUUCCUUUUUUGAAGAGAGGAAUGGACCUUUUAUUUCCAUUCUCUGUUGAGAUUUUGAACAAAAAAUUGGAACUCAAACAAAAACAUAUGGAUGACUUUGAAUUAAAAUCUCUUUUUUUA